AUGGACUUGGAGAUAGACGAAUACGUUCGAGCUUGCCAUAUUUGCAGCACGGCGGAUAAAACAGCCGUUACAAGACAUGCGCCGCUGCAACCCGUACCGUUUCCUUCCGGACCCUGGAAACAAGUUGGAAUCGACCUGGUUGGACCCUUCAGCAACUUACCGUCAGGAUGCCGUUUCGCCAUCACUGCCGUGGACUAUUACAGCAAAUGGCCUGAGGUCAAAACGACGCCAAAUGUCACGACGGAUACAGUAAUCGCAUUUCUCCGGCAACUUUUCGCAAGGGAAGGGUAUCCAGACAUCAUCGUCUCUGAUCACGGCAGUCAAUUCCAAUCACAUGCAUUUAAGUCUUUUCUACAAGACAGAGGCAUCCAGCAUCGCCAGUCUUCGGUUUACUACCCUCAGUCCAAUGGACAAAUAGAACGAUUCAACAGGGUGCUGAAGGGCUUCAUACUUCUUAGCGCUUCAGAACAAGGCACCAUACUUUGUGACUUGCCGAAGUUUCUCGGCAUUUAUAGGAGCACACCGCAUGCUGCUACACAGCUUUCGCCUGCAGAAUUGUUACAUGGGAGCCGUAUGAGGACGCGGCUGGACGUCGUGGGAUUUUCUUGCCUUGAGGGUAACAUCAUUGAAGAAAUGACCAAGCUGCGGACGAGGGUCAAAGACUAUCAAAAGCGUAUGAAGCAGAACUUCGACUCACGAAACAGGGUUAAGCAGCCGGCGUUCGAAGGUGGCGAUUUUGUCAGGGUUAGGCUCCCGGGAAGCCAGCCCAAAGGUUCAUCGUCAUUUAGUUCUCCACUGCGCAUUCAGGAGAAAGUGGGCCCGGCGACAUACAGGACGAGCGAUGGACGAACGUGGAAUGCUUCACGGUUGUCCGCCUCCCGGCCGACUCCGUCUGGUUCAACGGAUCCAGCCGGUUCAUCAGGUCAGCUCACACCCACGGUGUAUCCCAGGAACGAAGACAGUCACGCUGCCAGUCCUCCACCUCGGCGCUCUCAACGAAAUCGUCGUCCACCCGAGCGUUACCCAUUGUAA